AUGAAGAAGGGGGAGAUGUUUUUGAUUGAUGAAAUUAAUAUGGCGGAGGAUUCUGUCUUGGAAAGAAUCAAUUCAGUGUUAGAACCUUCAAGAAUGAUGACCAUUGCAGAGAAGACGUCAACAGAGAUAGAAGAAGUUGUUGCGAAUGAUACUUUCAGAAUCUUUGGAACAAUGAACCCCGGUGGAGACUUUGGUAAAAGAGAGCUGAGUCCUGUUAUGAGAAACCGAUUUACAGAGAUCUAUGUCAAGUCGUUUGAAGCAGAAGGAGACUUGUUACUGAUUGUCCAACAGAAGAUCAAUGAACCAACAGAGAAGAAGUUUGCGGCUGCUAUAGUCAAGUUCUUGAUGUGGGCGGAGAAGAAAUUUGGGAAGAAAGUGUCAGUCAGAAAUUGCCUAGCGUGGACUGAUUUUAUGAAUUGUUGUACGAGUAUACCAUCACCUCUUGUUCGAUUCAUCCAUGCAGCUCAUUUAGUAGUGAUUGAUGGUGUUAAGGAUGAAGUAGGGAAAACAAAUGUGGAGUAUUUGAUAGCAUUGAAUGAGGCAUUGGUGACUAUUGGAGAGAAUUUGGAAGACUCUAUAGUUCAAGAGAUGUCGAUGCAACCAACUUUGAGUGUUGGACCAAACAACAUCAAUGUAUCAGACUUCACUAUCGGAGCAAAUGGUCCAAUUCAAAAACAAGACAAUUACAGUGUGAAUACACCAAUUACUACUAACAACAUAUUUCAUUUAUUGAGAGCGAUGGUACUCCAUAAAUCGAUAUUAAUGGAAGGAUCUCCUGGAAAUCAAUCUGUCGAACACACGGACAUUAGCGAUUUACUUGGAACGGAUCUCCCACUUGAAGGAAGUAGUGGAGGAUUUGGAUGGUGUGAUAGAUUGUUACUGAGAACUAUCAAAGUUGAUCAUGGGUGUGACUCGAUGAACUCAACUUGGCUUCACAAAGUGUAUUGGAAGGUCUUAAUUCGUUGUUGGAUCACCGAGCAACUACUGUUUGCAAGUCAGAAUCCACUUGGAGAAGGGAGUGGAAGAAAGGGAUUGCCACAAUCGUCUAUAAACCGAUUUACAUCAGUGUAUGUCAAUAAGAUGACUGAAAGUGAUUUGAAAUUGAUUGUCGAGAAAAUGUAUCCAAUGAUUCCAGUCGAACUGAGAGAGAGUCUUAUAGACUUUGUGGGGCAACUUGAGAAUCAAGUGUGCUGUAAAAAGAAAUUUGGGAGACGUGGAGAGCCGUGGGAAUUCAAUUUGAGAGAUGUUUUGAGAUACUGUAAAUUGUAUUCGGAAUAUUCACAACGUAUUGAUACUGAUACAGUGAAAAGAAAUAUGGACACACUUGGGUUUAUAUUCACUGAAAUCUUUAAGGGAAGAUUUAGAGAUGUUGUUGAUAUACAAAAAGUCGAAGAGCUCUGGAGAAGUUGCUUGUCACCAAAAUACAAAGAGAUGUCGAUGGAAUAUCACAAUGAUAUUCACAUCACUCCGGAGAGAUUUAUUAUUGGAGAAGUGGAGGUGUCGAGAACUGUUAAUAGAGAUACAACAAACUCAGACAAAUAUAUAUUACCAACACAUGUUGAAUCGAUGAAACAAGUCAUGAAGGGUAUUAAUCAUAACUGGCUCAUAUCACUUAUUGGAGACUCACAUUGUGGAAAGGCGACGUUAGUGAGGAAUGUUGCUCAACUAUGUGGAAGUGUUUUAAAAGAGUUUUCGAUGAACACAAGUGUUGACACGAUAGAUCUCAUUGGUGGAUAUGAACAACUCGAUUUUGAAAGACACAGAAAAUCAUUUUUGGAAGACCUUCGAGAUUACAUGAAAUUGGUUACAAACAAGGAAGCGUUAUCAAUCUAUUCGACAUUGGAGAGGUGUACUAAAGUGUCUGAAAUUGAUAGGAAACAUGAUUGUAUCUUCUCAUCAACUGAAAUGAAUAUCAUUAAAGGGUUAAUUAAAGUACUUAACGAUGAAUAUCUCCAGUCUGAAAUAACACGAAUAGAAGUGACACAACAGAAGAAGUCGAUUGGUUCAUUUGAAUGGGUGGAUGGUAUUGUAGUGAAGUGUAUGAAACGUGGGUACUGGUUGUUAAUGGAAAAUGUCAAUUUCUGUAACCCGACUGUACUUGACAGACUUAAUUCACUCUUUGAACCAAAUGGGUACUUAGUGUUAAAUGAACGCGGUGUAGAUAGUAAUGGCAUUCCAAUCAUCGUGAAGCCCCACAACAAUUUUAGAGUCAUCUUUACAUCAAAUUCGAUGAAUGGAGAAAUAUCACGAGCUAUGAGGAAUAGAGCGCUUGAGUUGUAUGUACCCCAAAUUCGUGAGAUAGACGCACAACGCAUGUUAACUGGAUUUGGAGUGUCUUUACAAACAGCGAAAAGGAUGAUAGCAAUACAUCUAAAGACGGAGAAUAUGAUGUUUUUGUAUUUGAUGAGAUGGGCAAAGUAUGUCGGGAAGAAUGGAGAGAGUGCGAUGAAAGAGGGAUUUGACAUCUUCUACGUCCAAACAAAAUCGGACGUGAAUGAACAAGAGAAGUUAAGAAACAUUUACAUGAAUCAACAAGAUAUUGAAUGUAAUGAGUACGAGAGUGUUGUAUUCAAAUUGUUUGCACAAGCCAAAAUAGGCAAUUUGAAUGUGUUUGAGGAGAACGUGUCGAUUGGAGAUUUGGUGAAUCAAAUGUCACAAAUCAUCCCAUUAAUAUGUGAUCAAGUGCCACAAAAUGUAAUGGAAUUUGACUGUUUUUCAUUGAAGAUUGUCAUUGUUAACACAUUGAAAGAUGUCAAAUUUGAAUCGACGAUGAAGUACAAAGAAUACAUUUCAAUGGUGUUGUAUUUACUUGAUGAUAUUGAUCGCGUCAAUUACUUGAGUUUGUUGCAAAGCAUUGAAGGUGGAGAGAACAUCAUUGUGUAUAUUCAAAACGAGAACUUAAUAAGACAAUAUUCAAGUCGACAAAUUCGAGGGAUGUAUGCACUGUAUUGGUAA